CUCGCAUUGAAUCUGUUAACGGCCACUUAAUGUUAAACGAAGGGGAGCUCGAAGUAAUUAAAACCAGGCGCCAAGGGGGGAUUGUUGACUGCAUUCCACGACCACCAGACCUUCUCUGUCCAGAAGUUUUACAUGAAAAAUGCCAAAUAAUUUUGGCUGUGAGCUGCCAAUAUGGCUUGGUGACUUCUCAUUUACAGCAGUUUUAUUUGCAGGUGACAGUUGGAGUUUAUGAUCCAUGUAACUUAUCCCAGUAUCCUGGAUGGCCACUGAGAAAUUUCCUAAUCCUGACAGCCCACAAAUGGGGCAGCAUUCUCCAGUCAGUUGAAGUGCUCUGCUUCAGAGACAGAACCAUGCAGGGGGUGAGAGACAUAACACACAGCAUUAUCUUUGAAAUAAAACUUCCAGAGAGAGCCCUUGGCCCAGAUUGUCCAAAAGCUGUUGGAUGGGAGAAAAACCAAAAGGGAGGUAUGGGUCCAAGGAUGGUGAAUCUCAGUGAAUGCAUGGAUCCAAAAAGGUUAGCAGAGUCAUCUGUGGAUCUUAAUUUGAAAUUGAUGUGCUGGCGGUUGGUGCCCACUCUGGAUCUGGAAAAAAUUGUGUCUGCCAAGUGUCUGCUGCUAGGAGCUGGUACACUGGGUUGUAGUGUUGCAAGGACCUUGAUGGGCUGGGGAGUCAGGAAGAUUACAUUUGUGGACAAUGCAAAGAUCUCCUACUCCAACCCUGUGCGACAGCCACUGUAUGAGUUUGAAGACUGUCUUAGUGGCGGGAAGCCUAAAGCACUUGCAGCAGCAGACAGGCUACAGAAAAUCUUCCCAGGAGUGAGUUCAGAAGGCUAUAACAUGAGUAUCCCUAUGCCAGGCCACCCAGUGAAUUUUUCUGAAGUAACCAUGGCACAGGCUCGGAAGGAUGUGGCUAAACUUGAGGAGCUUAUUGAUGCUCAUGAUGUUGUUUUCCUACUGAUGGACACUAGAGAGAGUCGAUGGCUUCCUGCUGUCAUUGCAGCCAGCAAGAGGAAGUUGGUCAUCAAUGCUGCGCUGGGUUUUGACACAUUUGUUGUUAUGAGACACGGACUAAAGAAACCCAAACAGCAAGACUCUGGUGAUUCAUGUUUCAACAAUGCCUCUAGUUCUUCUGAUCUUUUGGGAUCAUCGCUCUUUUCAAAUAUCCCUGGUUAUAAACUGGGCUGCUACUUCUGCAACGAUGUUGUGGCACCAGGGGAUUCCACCAGGGAUCGGACCUUGGACCAGCAGUGCACGGUCAGUCGACCUGGACUAGCCAUGGUAGCUGGAGCACUUGCAGUGGAAUUAAUGGUUUCAGUUUUACAGCAUCCAGAAGGUGGUUAUGCUGUGGCCAGCAGUAGUGAUGAUAGAAUGAAUGAGCCACCUACUUCUCUUGGACUUGUUCCUCAUCAGAUCCGUGGGUUUUUAUCAAGGUUUGAUAAUGUUCUUCCAGUCAGCCUGGCAUUUGAUAAGUGCACAGCCUGUUCAGCCAAAGUACUUGACCAGUACGAACGAGAAGGGUUUAAUUUCCUAGCUAAAGUUUUUAAUUCUUCACAUUCCUUCUUAGAAGACUUGACAGGUCUGACUUUAUUACACCAGGAGACACAGGCUGCUGAGAUCUGGGACAUGAGUGAUGAUGAAACAAUCUGAAGAGCAGCUGAAGAAGGUGGAAGACAACUUACUUUGGACUGCAGCGCUGCCUUUUAUCUGUGAUUUGACAAGUUAAUGAUUGCUUACCCACUCUGACUGCUACAAAUACAAAUAUAAUCCACAUUUUGAAGUUAAGAACUUCACCUUAAGAGCAGUCUGUUAUGGAUUGAACUCUCCACCUUUUCAUUUUCAUUAUGUAAAUAACUGAAGCAAUGUGGUCGUGUUUAAGCCUUGUCCCCAAGUUUAUAAAUAUGGCUUACAUAUAAAAUAUGCUGCUUAAGUAAACUUUGGUGUUUUAUUUUUCCCAGUUUUUAUUUUGCUUGUCAAUGGGCAUGUCCAAGCAGCAUGUCUUUUUUCAUCUUUCCCAGAUUUGUGCCCCUUUAGUUGGAACUUAUUGUUAAGAUUGAGAAUAUUCUGCUGUUGGGAGUUAAACUGCAUCUUUAAAGGAGAGCAGCAGUGGGUAAGAACCUACAC